CCUGCGUUUUCUGGAAAUAUUCCUGCGGUAUUGAAAUAUGUAUUUCCAUCAGCAAAGAUAACACGACUUGGCAAUUGGUUCUCUGUUGAAAGUGACCAUAGAUGGUGUUGCACUUAGCUUCUUGAUGCAACUGAUCCCUUGUUCAUUGAGAUUGGAAGAGCAUUUAUAGAGGAACAGCUAAAUGGUUGGCAUUGGAAUGUCAAUGGAAGGGGAAAAAUGGAGAAGAUACAGAAGGAGGUGGAAAACGCUUGGUUACAACAGGCUGUACCUAUCAUGUCAACGCCCUUUGUUUUUCUGGCCUUCCAUGUCAACACCCUGAUCUGCUGGAGGCAUGGAUUGAUCAAUAUCCAGCAAGACGUUAUGGUCAAACAGUUGCUUUAGUACAAGAUGCCUGGAAUAUAUUAUAUCACACAAUCUACAACUGCACUGAAGUUGCCUAUGUAAGUUCCCUAUCUUGUGGUUUUAGUGUAAUCAUCUUGUAAGUUCUGCAAUGUUAGGGUUUCUCUUCUCAACUUCCACCCUCUUGGAUUGAUGUUAUCUUGUUUAAGUGCGACCUAAAAAUGCAGCUUAUGUUCAACAAUGAUAAAAACAGGGAUGUCAUUGUAGCUUUUCCAGAUGUUGAUCCAUCAUUUAUUUCAAUGCCACAUGAAAGAAACCAGAACUACAGGGGACCAAUGUCAAGAAGAGCAGUCUUAGAGGAGGAAACAAGUUCAUAUGAUCUUCCUCAUCUAUGGUAUUUGACUUCUGAAGUAAGACAUGCUUUAGAACUUUUUAUUCCAAGUUGGGAUAAAUUAUCAUCAAGUAGCACUUACAGGUAUGAUUUGGUUGACCUGACUAGACAAGCUUUGGCCAAAUAUGCAAACCAGCUCUUCUUGGAGAUUAUAGAAGCAUAUCAGUCAAGUAAUAUCCAUGGAGUUGUCAGUCUCAGUCAGAAGUUUUUAAACCUUGUUGAAGAUAUGGACACAUUAUUGGCAUGCCAUGAUGGAUUUCUUCUAGGACCUUGGCUAGAAAGUGCUACGCAACUUGCAAGAAACAAAGAACAAGAAAAACAGUCAUCUCUUCUGAAAAUACCGUUUGAGUGGAAUGCAAGAACUCAAAUAACCAUGUGGUUUGACAACACAGAGGAGGUUGCAAGUCUACUCUGUGAUUAUGACAGUUUGGAGAGUGGCAGUGGUUUCCAGCUGAAGGACUGGAGGAGGGAAUGGAUUAAGCUGACAACUGACUGGCAGAACAGUAGGAAGACACUCCCUGUGGAAAGUAUAGGAGAUACGCUAAAUACAUCACGGUGGCUUUAUGCUAAGUACUUGCAAAGUCCGAGCACAUAUGAUCACUGAAUGACUACAAACCGCAGAAUCAUAAAUCACAUUAAUUCUUGUAAGGAAAACCAUUCAGGAAUCGCUCAAUGUAGUGCCUAUCCUACUGAAACUCCCAAACCUUUUCAGUUUUUCGUAUGUGAUUGAACAAGUUAAGCUAACUUCAAUUAAGACCUUUAUAAGGA